AUGGACUUUGAGGAGUGUUUGAAAGACUCUCCUCGCUUUAGAGCUGAAAUUGAAGUGGUCCAGACUGAUGUGAGUGAGCUGGAAACUCGCUUAGACAAGUCGGUAAAGCAAUGCCACGCCAUGCUGGAGGCGGGGAAGGUCUACUGUCAGAGCAGCAAGAUCUUCAUCCAGGGUCUGCGUGAGCUGGGCCACUGCUCCCGGGACGCUCUCAUAGAGGAUUGUCUGGACACAUUUUCCAGAAGGCUUUCUGACAUUGUGGAUGCCUACGGGGAAGUCAUUGAUACUACACAGAAGUCUGUCAAGUCCAAGCUCCAGACCUUCGUAAAAGAAGAUGUUCGGCAUUUCAAAGAUGUGCGUAAAGAGUUUGAACGCAGCAGCGAAGGCCUGGAGGGAGCGCUGGCGAAGAAUGCCCAGGCCCCGCGGGGAAAACCACACGAGGUGGAGGAAGGGAGCAACGCCUUACUGAACGCCCGGCGAGUGUUUCGCUCUGAGGCCCUGGAUUAUGUCCUGGAGAUAAAUGUCAUUGAGGCCAAGAGGAAGACUGAAGUCCUGAUGGCACUCCUGUCUUUAAUGGACGCGCAGGCCCAGUUCUUCCAGUACAGCCACCAGUCUCUCUCCGAGCUGGAUGAGUAUCGGCAGAAACUCAGCGACGAGUACACACAGUUCGUUCUAAAUUCUGCCAGAGAAAAGAGGGACAUGGAGCAAAGGCACGCUGCCAUCAAGAAAAAGGAUGUGUCCUAUGAUGACUCCAUAAUGGAUUUCAACGCAGAUGCAGCCAAUGGGAUUGCAAUGGAGGGCUACCUCUACAAGAGAGCCAGCAACGCCUUCAAGACCUGGAGCAGACGCUGGUUUUCUAUUCAAAAAAAUCAGCUGGUGUAUCAGAAGAAGUUCAAGGAGCAGCCGACAGUCGUGGUGGAAGACUUGAGACUUUGCACAGUCAAAUACUGCACUGAGAAUGAAAGACGAUUCUGCUUUGAAGUUGUUUCCCCUUCAAAGAGUUGUUUGUUGCAAGCAGACUCGGAGCGGCAGCAGCAGGCGUGGAUCAGUGCGGUCCAAAACAGCAUCGCCUCCGCCUUUCAGGAGAGACGAGAAGACGCUCACAGUCCAAGACAGAGAUGCAGCUCGAUGUCGCUGAGCAGUGUGGGGGGAGAGCGGGGCAGCAGUGGGGGCCUGGAGCCGGAGGACAGCGGCUGCAAGGCUUUGGAGCAGGUGCAGAACAUCCCGGGGAACAGGCAAUGCUGCGACUGCGGAGAGGCCAGUCCAGAGUGGGCCUCCAUCAACCUGGGUAUCACACUGUGUAUAGUCUGCUCAGGAAUACACAGGAGCCUGGGAGUCCAUUUUUCCAAAGUGCGAUCGCUCACACUUGACUCUUGGGAACCUGAGCUUAUAAAACUGAUGUGUGAGUUGGGUAACUCGGUAAUCAACCGGAUCUAUGAAGCACGAAUUGAUGAAAUUACUAUUAAGAAGCCACAAUCUUCAAGCCCCAGAGGAGACAAAGAGUCCUGGAUCAAAUCAAAGUAUGUGGAGAAGAAGUUCAUUCACAAGCUCCCAGAGACGGGGAGGAACGACCCUCAACGCUCCAGCACCAGGAGGAACCGGAGCAGCAGCACCGCAGACCGGACCGGACCAAAACCACCGCUCAAACCCAAGCCCAGUCAACGGGCCACGCUGGCUCGAGUCACAGGACUCGGCCCCAGUGACCUCCAAAAGAACAACACGGUCUUUCACAAAGAUGCGGAGGAGGAAGAGGACGAUCUGAGCGCUCUUCAUCCCGGCGCUCUGCUGUACAAGGCCGCCGCUCUACAGAACUUCCCCGUCAUGGCCGACGCUCUGGCUCACGGAGCUGACGUCAACUGGGUGAACGCCAGCGAGGAGAGCCGCACGCCGCUCAUACAGGCCGUCUCUGCGAACGCAUUAGCAGCGUGCGAGUUCCUGCUGCAGAAUGGAGCCAACGUGAACCAAAAGGACAGUAAUGGAAGGGGCCCGCUGCAUCACGCCACCAUCUUGGGGCACACAGGGUUGGUUUGUCUUUUCUUGAAACGUGCCGCGGACUACAACGCAAAAGACAAAAACCAGAAAGACCCAAUAACGAUUGCUGUGGACAGUGCCAACGCUGACAUCGUCACCUUGCUGCGUAUUGCCAAAAUGAACAAGGAGAUGCGUGAGAUGGACGAAGCGUUUGGACACACAGAUGUCCAGUCGGCCUCAAAUGCCUCUGCCACCUUAAGAGGUGAUGACACAUAUCAGGACAUCUUCAGGGACUUCUCCCACAUGGCUUCAAACAAUCCAGAGAAGCUGAAGCGACGCAGUGCCGACCCCAGGUUCUGA